AUAGUCUCUACUUUUCCAGGAAGUACGGUAAAGAGGAACCACACCCCCUUUUCCAUACUGCUUUCUGAUUGGGUUAUUUCCAUCACGUGAUCCAGAAGUGAAAGGAUUCUGGUUUUUCCGGAGGUGAACCUGAAGCCAUCAUCAUGCAGAGCACAGCCAACUACCUGUGGCUCAUCUCAGACCUGCUGGGCCAGGGAGCUACAGCUAACGUCUACCGUGGCAGACACAAGAAAACGGGGGACCUAUAUGCGGUGAAGGUGUUCAACAACCUCAGUUUCCUGCGACCACUCGACGUCCAAAUGAGAGAGUUUGAAGUCCUGAAGAAACUCAACCAUAAGAACAUCGUCAAGCUGUUCGCUGUGGAGGAGGAGUCCAACACCCGCCACAAGGUGUUGGUGAUGGAGUAUUGUCCCUGUGGGAGUCUGUAUACGGUGCUGGAGGAGUCUUCUAAUGCCUACGGACUCCCCGAGGAUGAGUUCCUCAUCGUGCUACAGGACGUGGUAGCUGGUAUGAACCAUCUCAGAGAGUACGGCAUCGUGCACCGUGACAUCAAACCAGGCAACAUCAUGCGCGUCAUCGGCGAGGACGGGAGGUCCGUCUAUAAGCUGACUGAUUUCGGAGCAGCCAGAGAACUAGAUGACGACGAGCAGUUUGUCUCUCUUUACGGCACUGAGGAAUAUCUGCACCCUGACAUGUAUGAGCGUGCAGUGCUGAGGAAGGAGCACCAGAAGAAGUAUGGUGCGACGGUUGACCUGUGGAGCAUCGGAGUCACCUUCUUCCACGCUGCCACCGGGUCCCUCCCCUUCAGACCCUUCGAGGGACCACGCAGGAACAAGGAAGUCAUGUAUAAAAUCAUCACAGAGAAGCCGUCAGGAACCGUCUCUGGGCAGCAGAAGUUUGAGAACGGGAAGAUUGAGUGGAGCACAGAGAUGCCUGUCUCCUGCAACCUGUCCAAGGGCCUCCAGAGCUUGCUGACCCCAGUCCUAGCCAACAUCUUGGAGGCUGACCAGGAGAAGUGUUGGGGCUUUGACCAGUUCUUUGCUGAGACCAGUGAUAUCCUGCAUCGUACCGUGGUGUUGGUCUUCAGUCUACAGCAGGCUACUCUCCACUACAUCUACAUCCACCAGUACAAUACGGCGACUCUCUUCCAGGAGCUGUUGUCUCGUCGGUGCAGUAUCCCGGUCCACAACCAGGAGCUCCUGUACGAGGGGCGACGCCUACAGCUUGAGCCCAACCGCCAAGCCCAGACCUUCCCGCGGACCUCCAGAGACAAUCCCAUCAUGCUGCUCAGCAGAGAGUCCGUAGCUACAGUGGGGCUCAUCUUCGAGGACCCGAGUCCUCCUAAAGUCCAGCCUCGCUACGAUCUGGACCUGGAUGCCAGCUAUGCCAAGACGUUUGCAGGAGACGUGGGCCACCUGUGGAAGACCUCAGACUCCCUGUUGGUUUGUCAGGAGCUGGUCAGGAAGGGAGUCAGGGGACUGAUUGAGUUAAUGAAGGAGGACUACAGCGAGAUGGUACAUAAGAAGUCAGAGGUCAUCCACGUCUGUCACUACUGCGCUCAGAUCCUGGAGAGGACAGAGCAGCUGUACGAGGUGUUAAUGCAGGCCAAUAUGUUGUCUCCCUCUCCCAGGUAUGAGAAAUAUGAUGAGAUCUCAGACAUGAGGAAGAAAAUAGUCCUUAUCUCUAACUCCUUAGUCCCCAUGGAGCAGACGGUUCAGGACAUCAAGAGUAAGUUCCUGUCAGGUGGUGUUCUGACGGACAGCUGGACUCAAGCUGGAACACACCCUGAAGACAGGAAUGUUGAGAGGAUCAAGGUUCUCCUGGACUCCAUUACAGCCAUCUACCACCAGUUUAAGAAGGACAAGGCUGAGAGACGUCUGCCGUACAACGAGGAACAAAUACACAAAUUUGACAAACAGAAGCUGGUGUUCCAUGCCACCAAGGCCAGGUCUCUGUUUACUGAGGAGUGUGCCAUGAAGUACCGCCUCUUCAUCUCUAAGAGCGAGGAGUGGAUGAGGAAGGUGCAUCACGUGAGGAAGCAGCUGAUUGGUCUAACCAGCCAAUUCAACAGCGUGGAGAAAGAAGUUUCCAUGGUGAUGGAGAGAGUUAUUAAGGUCUGAACACACACACACACACACACACACACA